CUAAACUUGCAUAUCAUAAACACAUCUCACAUUUCACAUAUAUGCCAUAAAAACCUCAUUCAACUCAAUCUAUCAUCACCACCAUUAUCAUUAUCAUUAUCAUUAUCAUUAUCAAUAGUCACUGAAUAAGCUCCAUUUAAACCUAAUUAUUAUGGAUACCAAAGCAUGCACCAACAAUAAACCAGCUCUAGAAGUUGUGAUCGAAGAUGCAACAACAAUGAGUAACAACAACGACCUUAUUAAGAAGGUCGGUAUUUACGAUAAUUUCAUUUCCACCGUGUUAACAAAUUUCCAUGCAGGCUACUUUAGGAUAAGCCUAGCCUUAUGUGGUCAAGUCUUGCUAUGGAAAACCCUAGUCCAAUACACAAAAGACAACCAUGACCCUCAUUGGCACCCCGUCCUUUUAAUCCUCCCAUCGACGGCCUCUACUCUACUAUGGUCGAUGGCCCUAGUCGUCUUGAUCACCCUAUCUAUCCUCUACGCGUUAAGGUGCUUACAUCAUUAUGACAAGGUUAAGGAGGAGUUUUUACACCAUGUAGGGGUAAACUACUUGUUUGCCCCUAUGAUGUCAUACCUGUUAUUGCUUCAAACUUCGCCGAUUCUGGUUGUCCCAGACGGUAGUAUUUACCAACAAAUAACUUGGUGGAUGGUUGUGAUACCCAUAAUACUACUUGAUAUCAAGUUAUAUGGGCAAUGGUUCAUUAAGGGGAAACGGGUUUUGGCCAAGGUGGCUAACCCGGCUUGCCAGUUAUCCGUUAUAGCGAACUUGAUUGCGGCGAAGGAGGCUGUUUACAUGGGGUGGUCGGAGGUGGCGCUUUGCUUCUUUGCGUUGAGUAUGGCUCAUUACUUGGUGUUGUUUGUUACACUUUACCAAAGACAUCCCGGAAGUAACGGUUUUUCGCCGAAGUUAAGGCCGGUUUUUUUCUUGUUUAUUGCAACUCCAAGCAUGGCUAGUUUAGCAUGGAGCUCAAUAUCUGGGAGUUUUGAUGCUGUUUCCAAGAUGCUCUUCUUUCUAUCUAUGUUCCUCUUCAUGUCCCUGGUAUGUAGGCCAACCCUAUUCAAGAAAUCACUAAGAAAGUUCAGUGUAGCAUGGUGGUCGUUCUCGUUUCCAUUGACAACACUGGCUUUGGCAUCCGUGAAGUACGCACAAGAGGUGAAAGCUGGUGCAGCACAAACACUAGCACUUGCCUUAUCAGUUACUUCAAUGAUGGUUUCCCUUGCUUUAAUGGUGUUCACUACUAUCAAGAUUAACACUUUGUGCCUUACUACUCACCCUAAUCGCACUCCUAAGUCCUUUGCAAUGUAAUUAAUGCUACUAAUUAAUUGCUGCCAAGAGGAUGUGACUAAGAUCAGAGUCUUAAUUAAUGUAUAUACUUCACUUAAUAUGCACACUUAAUUGCUAUAUAGUGUGUGAUUAUGUGAUAUAUGUAUGCAUAUCUUGCAUUGAUCAACUAUGGAAAUCCAAUUAUUAUCCAAUGUUAUCAAUAAGCGUACUUAUGUAUGCAUGUCAUAUUAUUAUUUAUUCUUUUCCAAAACUCACAAAA